CAUUAAACCUUCGAAAAAAAUACUUAUAUUAAAAUAUUUUAAUGAAACUAUAAAUUUGAGGCAUGGUAGAGCGAAAUAUUCUAUGUACCUAAGUUGUAAAUAAUUUUCUCUCGUGCAUAAGAAAAUAAAAAAACUAUUAGCAAGACAUUGUUCACAUAACAGUAAAAUUAUUUAAAGCAAUGAUUUCAAAAAAUGAUGAUAGUAAAAAUCUAGAUUUAAACAUUAAUAAUAAACAAUCGUCACAACAAAAUAAUAAUAUAAAUUUCUCGAGGUCGAAUAAAUUACUAGAAGAUAAAGUAAAGUUUUUGGAAGAUCUCACAGAAGAAUUGGCAUUAAUUACUAUACCUAAAACAUUACAAGAGGAAUUCGAGUGCGUGCCAAACAAACAUGUGUUUAUUGAUAAACCAUGGAUUAAAAUUUCACAUAAAAAGGCAAUAGAUAAUAUAAAAAUGUUGGAAGAAUGUUCAUGUUUCUGGCCACAUCGAAAAAAUCUUGAAAAAAUUCAAUCUGAAUAUAUACUGAUUGGUUAUAAACCUUUUGAAACGAAUGAUGAGUUUUUAAUUUGCACUACUGACCACAUUAGAGUACAUAUUGAGAAUAGCCACUUAAAAACAAAGUCAAAUCAUAAAACUGUAAUAGAAUCUAAAUUAUACGGUUCUUGGGAAUCAGAUGAAAUUGAAAAUGAUUCAAAAGAAAUAAAAAUAAUACACCGACAAAAAAUUACUUAUAAGUGGAAACUUCCAAUAGAACGAUUGAAUUCUAAUGUUAGAUUUAGUGAUUCGAUACCGACGUCAUUCAGGGAAGAGCAUGUAAAACUAGAACCUGAAUCAAAAAAUAAAUUAAAAAAUGAAAGUUAUUCAAAAGCAGAUGUUGCAGUUCAGUCUGUUAAUGAAAUGAUUAGUAAAGAUAUGCAAACAAUACCCAGAAUUAAAGAUAAUAAAUGUAUACAAUCUGUAGUAAUAGAGGAAGACAUUUUUCAACCACAACUAUUGACUCAACCAAAUAAAAAUUUAGAAGAAUUUUUGAAAAUUCACGUCCCCAAUAUAGAAUCAGAGUUGCAUUAUAAUGAACUGUAUGAUUUAUAUCGCGAUGACUACAACAAAUUAUCAAACAAAUCCAAAGAAUCUGAAAAACAAAGGUCUUUUGUUUUAAAUGACCAUACAGAAUAUCGAAAUACAACAAAUUCUAAAUAUGUGUCUUGUAUUUCAUGGCAUCCUUCAAUGCCGGGUAUUUUCGCUGUGUCCUACAUGAAUUCUAGUAUCGCUUUAUAUAAAUCAAUAAACUUACAAGAAAUGUUUAAUAAACCAACAAUUGAAUCAAUUAAUGAAAAUAAAUCAUACGGUAUUGUGUAUUAUAAUGAAAAAAAUGAUGAUAAAUCUAUGAUGAGCCAAAUGGAAUCAGGACUGAUAGAAGAAAAUUUUGAUGAAAAACUUCAGACUUUUUUAAGUCGAGAAUUUGUACAAAGAAUGAAAGUUCCUCAAAUAAUUGACGAUGAGAAUGUAGAAGAAUGUACUCAUAAAAGUAUAUACGAAUUACGCAAGACAUUCGAAUAUAACAAUGAUAAAGAUAAUGUCACUAUAUCAUCUUCAAGUAGUUUGAAACCUGAAACCUACUCUAAAAAAACAGAAUUAGGUUGUAUUUCAGUUGGGUCUUUAAAUUCGCCCACGCAGAUCUCACAAAGAAAUGACGUCCAUGAGAACACAAAAUUAGGGAUUGAUCUACCAGAUUUGAUGAAAUGCAACGAUGCUUUUGAACAAUGGGAUGAAUUUAUGUUAAACAUGGAAAAUAAAAAUAAUAUUAGGGACAAAGACAAAGUUAAUCAAUUGGAAUUAAUAGAUGAAUCUAUACCUAACGAUGUCAAUAUAAUAGAGGAGGAUAAAGUUGAUCAUCACAAAUCAGACACAGAAAAUUUUUAUAAUAGCUGUGACAAAGAUGUACAUAAGACAAACAGAAACAAUUUCGGAAAUAUCGUGAGAAAACUCCAUAGAAAUUUAAAUAAAAUAAAAGAUUGUGAAGCGGUAGAAGAAAAAUUACUUCAAAUUUUGACUUUUGAACCUAUGAUCGAAGAAAAGGAACAUAAAAAAACAAGUCCAUUAAAAGGAAAAAAUAAUAAUAAAAAAGAAUCUAAACAUUUUAAUGAGAGAGAUGAAAUAAUAACUACUAAUGUAUUAUCAGAAAACCAUAAAUAUUUAUCAAAAAACGAACAAAACUUUUUUGUUGUUAUUUGGUCAAUAAAUGAUAGUAUAAAUCCCAAGUUAUAUUUACAUAGUAUAGAAGAAGUAUGUUGUAUACAAUUUAAUCCUAGACAUGGUAAUACAGUAGUGGGAGGAUUAAUAAAUGGUCAAAUAGCUAUAUGGGAUAUAACGGGAAAAUUAGAAAAUUUCAAUUCCCAAGACACGAAUACAUCAACUGAUAAAGAAAAAUAUUGUAAUCAUCUUUGGAAUCAUAUGAACUGGACUUCAAACGUAAAUUUUAGUUCAAGAAUCAAUCCAUCAGCCUUAAGCUCAUCAAUAUAUUCACAUACAGAAAUGGUAACAGCAAUUCAGUGGCUUCAUCCAAUGACCGAGAUGACACAAGUUGGAAAAUUAGUUACCUUGGAAAAUGCUAAUACAUAUUCCGAUCAAUUUUUCACUGCUUCAAUGGAUGGGACAAUCAAGUUAUGGAAUUUACAAUCUACUUCAACAUUAAAUGAAAAUAUAAAAUUUACAAAUAAUACACAAUUUUACAAUAGCUUUCCAGAGUGUCUAAAUAAAUAUAGAUCACCAUUAAACAUUUAUAAUAAUCGUUUGCAACCUUCAUAUACGAUUAAAGUUCUUGAACCUGGAAAUAGCUUAGUUAGCCCAAUAACAGCAUUUUCAUUUGAAAUUCCAUUGAUGAAAUAUAAUUUUGAAUCUGAUCUUCCUCUGACAAUUGGGAAACGACAAUUCGUGUUUGUUCCAAUGCAGCCAAAGAAUCCAAAUAAAAUCAUAGUAGUUGGUAGUUCGAUGGGCCAAAUAGGCGUCAUAACAUGGAAUGGUAUUGAAACUUUCCAACAACUUCAAAAUCAAGAAGAGAGCAAAACCAUUUGGUGGGGAUACGUGCAUGAUGGACCCAUAAAUUGCAUCAAAAGAAAUCCAUUUUUCCCUGAUAUCCAUUUAAUCUGCGGAGGUCAUGUUGUAUCAAUUUGGAAUUUAAAUUAUAAUAGUGGUCCAUUAUGGUGGAAGCGUUUCCAAGAACUCACUACAAGUGGUUUAUGGUCAAGCAGUCAUGCCGGAGAGUUUAGAGUAUCUUUUAAUAAUGGCUUGAUUGAAUUUUGGGAUUUUUUGAUAUAUUCUCAUAAACCUUGUUUCACAACUGAAAUACUUAGUGAUGGUUACAUUACAACAUUAUCCAACCCUUAUUCGGUUGUCCAUUUUCUUGGAAUGAAAAAAUUCGGAAGUCCAAACGAGGACAACAAAGUUAUAGAUUUUGUAAGAAAUGAAAUUAUCUGCUUUUCCGAUUCCGAUGGAAUUAUAAAACUUUUUAAUAUGAAAGUCCCCAAGUUAAAUCUUAAAGAAAUACAAAAAGUAGGCCAGUUUUUUUAUAAAGAAGUUUCCAGACGAAGUGAAUUAGAUACAUGGAAUAAGAAGUAUAAAGAAAAAUUGGAAAAUAAGGAUACUGAAAAUAUUAUCAAAAAUUUAGUAAAAAUAGAAUCACAGCCAGAAGAUUAUAUUAAUAAUAUAAGUGUUUCUACUCCAGAGCAUAUCAAAAGAAAAAUUUGUGAUGAAUUGUUUAAAUGGUAUUGUAAUCGAAGAGGUUCACAAACCCGUUUGAAAAAAAUGAAAGACAUAUUUGUCACCCGUGAACGACGUUACUUUUUACAAAUUAUGAUGAAGAAAAAAAAUGUCAGUAAAAAACAAUUAAAGGAGUAUAUAAAUCCAAAUUCAAAGGAGACAAAAGUAAAACCAAGUACUUAUGAUGACAUGGAAAAAAUAAGAUCGGAAGCCGAUAAAAAAUUUAGAGAUAUUGUUAACAAAUUACUUCUCCCAGGUUCAGGCAAUAAUUUGGAAUGUGCAAAUAAUAUUUAUUUAAAAGAUAAUUCUUACAAAAUUAAAAAUACACUCGAAGAAAUUAAAAAACUACUGAACACUAAUUACGAAGAAGAAAAAUCGAAAUUAAAAAAGUUUAUACUAAAUAUUUCUAAUCCUAUACAAGAAAAUUGGUCUAAGAUGAUAGAUGAUGCAGAUAAUGAUAUAAGAAGUACAUUGAAUAAUCCAACACUUCUAAAAACUUCAGCGUUGCGAAAAAUGUAUCAAAAAUUAUCAAAACAUUAUAUUGAUGAAGGUUUUGAAGUUAAAGAGUUGAUGAGUCGUAAAGAAAAACAUAAGGAUGAUCGAUUUAAAAUUCGAGAAAAACAUAUUAAACAUUUAAAAGAAGUAUAUGGUAAAAACUAUGACAUUUACUGGGACAAGAAUAAAACUUAUUACCAAAUGGAAGAAGCCCAAAAGAUGCGAUUAAAUAUAAAUUUAACUGAGGACUCUUGUAUAAAGAAAUGAUGAAACGAUUAAAUAUAAAUCUCAGAUAAGUAAUUAAUUUUAAACUGAUGUUGAAAGCAAUUAUCAAAUAAACAAAAUAUUUGAUGAAAAUUUGAAUAAAUAAAAAAACAAUAUUAAUUUUUAAGUUGGUAAUUUUGACUAUUAUUUAUAUUAAAUGAAUAAUUUUACUUCUAUGAUAUAUUGAUUUACACCAAUAUUGAACUGACAUGCACAGAAAUAAUUUUUGUA